CUGUUGAAGCACACAAUUGGUAGCUCACGCAGUAACCACGCUACGGCAGCUGGUAUCACUACACUGCCGGUAUCUCUCAUCUCGAACACAAUGGCAAUGUUACCCUCAGACCUCAGCAAGGCAGCAAGGGGAGGCUAAACUGCUUCCGUGCAGCUGCCUGAAUGGUGCUUCACGGACCUCGUUGGGUUAGGAGGUACUUAAACAUGUAGCAAUCCGACAAGAGAAGUAUCUUCUGUAUAUACAACCCGUCUCAUUCUGAAUAUCCUCAUCCAUCCGUCUCCGUCUAAUUCUAUCAAUUUACCACUUGUCUUCCUUUCCAUCUCGUUUCGUCCUUUUACAUCAAGCAAACAACAUUUUCACCAUGAAGAUGGUCCGUAAUGCAGAGACAAUUCGUGUCACAAAUGUUGAAGAUGGAGAGAUGGUUCACCAGCGCUGCCUCCUUGUUAUUGGAGAGUACCAACAUAUCGACGAGGGCGAACAUUAUCUCUCUGUCAAGACUACCGGUGCCAAUAACAUCGAGGCCUUUCCCGAGCAGACAUGGCCCAUCGCAGCCGGCAACUUCAAGGCACUGGUCAUGCUCUCUCCAGGACUAAACAAGCUUGAGCUCACCCACCUGCGCAACGACAAUCUCGAAGCCACUGUCAAUAUCAACGUCAUGUACAUUCCACUUCUGCAGAAUCCACCUCUCCAUCUAGCCAUCAUGGUUGCGAAAGAUUCACCGUUGUUAAUCGACUGUCCUCCACACAAGGCACGUGGAAUAUCAUCCGCUCAUUCGGACCUGGACGCUGCCGUUGCCAAACUCCGCAUGACAGCGUACAUGUGGCAAGCCAUGACUGCUGAAGACUUGAGGUCCAAAGGCCUUGGGCGACGAGCGUUUCGUUUCGACGAAGAAUGGGCGCAAGACACUGUCAGUCAAGUGUUCUCGAACGCAAAACACGAUGAAUCGCUCGAUCGCGAGGGCGCAAUGCGAUCUACUGCCAAGGUACAUAUCAUCCGGUCCGAAAAGACCAUCAAGGAGAUUCGAAACGCGAGGGUUGCGCAGCAAAAUCCCAAUGCUGGACGCAAAAAUGGCUUGUUCAAGUACUUCAUGAAUGCUCUGAAUGAAGCUGGCGGCCCGUUUGAAACUUCUGCACGUCCCGUCGUGGCAGGCUUGAUCUUGGAUUCUCACUACUCCAUGUCCCAGAACAUGAUUCUCGGGCAUGCUGCAUUGGGCUGUCAUAAUCCGGAGGGAAUCUCACUAGGUAUGUUCGGCAGUCACCUCACCUACUCUUGGCCGCGCUUCAUGGAAGAGGUCACGAGCUGCUUGACGGAUGCACGAGAGCCUGGUAACAAGGUCGGCAAUGACAAUAGCGAGUGCCAUACUAUGUGGGAGGCAUGCACUGUUGGUCAGGGUGCACAUCUUCAUGAAGUCGGACAUGCUUUUGGCUCGCCGCACCGUCCGGGAAUUAUGGAAAGAGGGUAUGCCCAGGACUGGCCAAAGAACUUCGUGACCAAGACUGGAUACUGUGGUCACCUCAAAGUUCAAGGUGUCACGGUUUGCGAAGAUACGCCGAACAAUGCUCGCUGGAACCUCGUCGAUGCUCUCGCCUUCCGAUUACUCCCACAUUUUCACCUGCCUACCGACCCAGUAAUGACCGUUGAGGAGCGCAAAGCGACUCCAACAGCGGAGGCGGAGAAUGAAAGCGGCGACGAGGACGAGCUCAACACCAUUUUGGCCAUCUCGUCACUCGGUGGUAUUGCCCGAGUAUCAUUCAACGACCGCGAGGAAGCAAAGCCUACAUCUAUCGCACCAAUUGCAAAGCUCCGCUACACCCGAGGUCAACUCGAGAAGCGCUUCGAUCGCACAGAACCUCUCCACCUCAAGAUCGUCGGCUUCAACGGCCGGGAAACCACCGUGAAGGACGUAUGGAAACUCCUCGCCAUCAAAUCAUUUGUUCGCAUCCCCGGCAGUUCCAUCCGGCUCUCCAAACGCUCCGUACAAGCCAGCGAGCUAAGAGACGACGACAGAACCACCGAAUGGGCUCAACUCCUCCGGGAAAAGGGACCAGACGGCAAAAUUCACCGCGCGACGUCAAUUGACCUCCGCGUGGGCUGCAUCUGGGAUGGCGGCGUCGUCAAGUACGCAGAUGGCCACGUAUCCCACUGGGGUCCUAUGUAUUCGUACAACUCCAUCCAUCGAUUCGGCGGCCAUGCGUCAGAGAAGAUAGACCUUCCUCCCAACGUCGACAUCGAGUAUAUUGAAGUCCACGGGGGUUGUGAUUGGGGAUCCGAUGUCCUGUGUGGUGUGCGCGUUCACCUCGCAGACGGGACGGCACGGGGAGAAUUAAAUGCGCACGGUGAACCGUCGGAUGUUGUGCGUUUGGAACCUAAGGCUGGGGAGGUUGUGGUCGGGUUUUAUGGUGUGAGUGGAGGGAGCUUUUAUGGGGUUAGGGAGUUUGGCAUCCUUACUGCGCCGAGGGAGGUUGGGAUUACGGGGCUGCCGGAGCAGGCUUUUGAAUUGGCGGAGUUGAGGAAUACGGCGGCUGUUACGGAAGGGGAUGCUGAUGAGUAUCAUGAAGAGGAUGAGGAUGAGGAUGACGGUGAGGAAGAUGAGGAGGAUGAAGAUGAGUAGGUAUUCUGCACCAGCCAGAGGAAAGCUGUAGGGACUGGGAAGCGGUGUAUUUGGACUGUCAACACGCUUUCUUGAAUUCAAUCGAGCGGGAUAACUACAUCAAGGUUAGCACCAAGUCGCAGAUUCUCGGAUACGUUAAUUUCGAUCAUUCACUUCCCCCACCGCUUGACAUAUGGAAUACAGAAUUGAAGUAUAUACCAACCAUUCAAAAAAGCACAAGUCAC